AUGAAAGAAGAAAGUGAAGAAGAAAGUGAAGAUGAAAGUGAAGAACUGAAUGAACAGGAAGGAGAACAUCUAAAGACAUCUAAAAAGAAUUUGUCACGAAAGAGAACAGGAGCUAAACAUUCAUGCACCUGCCUUCAGUGUGGAAAGAGUUUCGCAUGUAAAGCAAGCCUUAAGGAUCACACAAGGAUUCACACCGGAGAGAAGCCUUUCACAUGCAAUCACUGUGGAAAUGAGUUUAGAUUCAAAGUAACCCUUAAAGAACACAUAAGAAUUCACACUGGAGAGAAGCCUUACAUAUGCGAUGGAUGUGGGAAGAGUUUCAGACACAGAUCAAGCCUUCGGGAGCACACUAAAAUCCACAUCGGAGAGAAGCCUUUCACAUGCUCGCAGUGUGGGAAGAGUUUUACACUUAAAUCAUAUCUUAAUUCUCAUGUAAAAUCUCACUCCAGAGAGAAGCCGUUCAUCUGUCCUCAGUGUGGAAAAGGUUUUGGUCGGGCGGCACUCCUGAAAAUCCAUGAGAGCAUCCACAGCGAAGUGAAGCCGUAUCACUGCGCUCCAUGCGGGAGGAGUUUCAGCCAAAUAGCUGCCCUUCAAAGACACCCCCACACGCUCUAGCUCUUCCUCACGAAAAAACCUUGAAUACUCUCUAACACUUGAC